UCUAAAGUAUUUUGAUAGUUUCAAGUUUGAUUAUUAGUUAUUACUUACAUUCAUAAAAUUGAAAAUAAGAACAAUCCUUAAGGAAUCAGAACCCAGGAGUCAGGACACUGUUUGCUAUUUAUUGAUCGCUGAAUACCGAAACUUAAUUUAUGUAGUUUAAACGUAGAAGAAGACUCAAUAUUAUAUAUUUAGAAGAGUUGUUUUUCUAGUGAACAAUUUUUUAUUUAAAAAUUGAAUUAGCUGAUCUCUAUAAUUAUUAAUAUCUAAAUGGAUCUUAAUAAUUUUCUUAAAUGUUGCCAUGACAGAGUGAAUUUACAUCCUGACUUUGUUUUGAAUCAAUGUGAUCCUAACACUAUCUCAUAUAUCCGCCCAUUUUGUCUAAAUGGUGUUGAUAAUCCAAUAGUUGGUUACAUUCAUAAAAAACAUGCCCAAAAAGUUGUGAACUCUUUUGUUAAAACUUUUUCAAGUUCUGAUGAAGAAGAAGAUGAUGAAUUAGAAUUGACUGGAAAUCCAUUAGAAUGUCCUUUCAGCCCAAUAAAAGCUCAAAAAGUUCAAAUAGAAAUAAAUAAACCGGAAGACAGUCAUGUUCCUUUAAAUUUGCUUCAAGCUAGGCAAUUAGUAUACUUAAAAUUAAAGGAUGAACAGUUUUUAAGUAUACCAUUAUUUAUAUUAUGUGAUGGAUUGAAAAACAAUACAAUUUUAUUGGGUGGUGAUGCUUAUAAAGGAUGGCAUUCACGUUAUUGGGGCGAGUAUAAAGGAUGUAACAAUGUGGAUCAUGAUGAGCUUUCUGUGGAAAAUAUGAUAGAAACGCAUAAGAAAUUUCCACAAGUUUCAUCAAUGAUUUUGGAAUCAAAAGUAUCUGCAGCUAUUAAUUUGACUGCAGCUUCUAAUACUGAAGAGUUCACAUUUAUUGAAAAUAGUCCAGGCAUGGUUACACUUAAUCUUAGUUGGCGACGACCAUCUCUUUUUGCUCCUCUCAUGACAACAGAAUCAUUUAUUAAUGUUCAGUGUAUGCUAGGCCAUGAAACGAGUCCAUUACACCCAUUAUGGCACCAAUUACUGUUCUUGGAGGAUCUAAUUGAACAAUUAACUUAUUUAAAAGAUGAAUGUUUAACAAAUAGACAUAACAUUGUAUUUCCUCAAUUUCAAGGUGAUAUAAGAGGUAGUGCUAAUGGACAAAUCGUUGAAAUGUUUCCUGCUAUGUUGCAAAGCAUAUCUUCUACAUUGUACAAACGAGGCAAGUUUGGAGGCCAAGAAGAUAAUGAUCAAAAACUGUUUUGUCAAUGUGUUAGAGAUGUUAUUGGUGCAGAAUGUAUUCAACAAGAAUUCACUGAUAAACUUUGGACUUAUUUGUUGGAAUGCAAAUCAUAUAAUGAUUUAAUUGAAUGUUUCAAACAUUUGUACAAAGCUGUAAGAAACGAAACUUUCAAACCAUUGAUUAAAUCAUCAAACGGUACGCGAUUAGCUCAAAUAUUAAAAUCUUUGCCAGGCAACACAGCUUCUAAUCCAGAAAAACUUUAUGACCCUGUUCAGUUAUUAAUUGAAAUUGGAAUUGAAAAACUUAAAAAUGAUUAUACUCAGGCAUUUUUAAUUUCUAAAAUAGCUUUAGCGGAUCAUUUAAAAUUAGAAAAUAAUUAUAAAUUUUGUAAUAUUGAGUAUUCAGAAUGGUGGACAACAUUAAACUCAUGGAUGAUUUGGUUAUGUAGAGUUCAUACAGUUUUAGAUUUAGCUUCUGUCACAGAAUCUAUGUUAAAUAUAACUACACAAAGUAUGAUGCCUGUCAUUACAAAUGCUUUGCGUUAUUAUCUCGGAGAUUCAUCUCCUAUAAAAGCUGUUACUUCUGUGAAAACAUUACCACCUCAGGUUUUCCGAUCAUCAAUCAAUACACAUUUUAUUGAACAUCAUAUACCAAAAGCUUUUACUUAUGACAAUUGGACGUUACAAUUAACAUCACAAAAUAGCAAUCGACGUGUUAUUAGUACAUUUCAUCGCAAUUCUGAAAAUAUAUUGCCUAAACAAAUACCAUGCCAAGAUGCUACUAAUGGCGAAACCAAGAAAAAAUUAAUGGACCAAACAACUGUACCUCUAGAAACUUAUUACUGUAUUAACUUCCAUGUAUUGUCAGACCAUUUAAAUUAGAUGAGUUUUGAUGGUAAUAUUUUUCUAAUUUUUAUUAUUUUUAAAUGUAUAUGUAUGUUUA